UUUACGUGAGUCUUUAUCGAAUACUCGAAUUAUUACAGUGUACCUACUCAUCAGGCAUCACGAGUCUCUACUCUCUAUCGAUUAUAGUGUUUUACAGUACCACCUAUACACGUCUACGUAUAUAUACGUCUUGCUUGGUCCACGCAAUAUAACAAUUAUUAUAUAUUUUACAAAAUAUACAAAUUAUGUCUUUACGAUUUAUGAAAAGUCGACGAGGGCAUGAUCUUUUAAUUCAUGAUGGUUUUAUUCAUAAACGUGAAAGAACUAUUGGCGAAAAAGUUAUUUAGAGAUGUAACGAGUCUAAAAAUUGUACUGGCCGCCCUCAUACAAUGCAAGGUAACAUUUUUAAUUUCUUAGUGUAGGUAUUCUAAUAUAUUAUUUAUUAUAUACCUAUUUAUUAAAUAGAUAGCGUCGCAUAAAAUACAAGGAACAUAACCAUGUACAAAAUAGGGCAAAAAUUGAAGUAAAAAAAACUAUCAAUAAAAUGAAAGAAAAUGCCAUCACUAAAAUUAUGCUUACCCGAAGUUUAUUAGCAGAGACAUCUUCAAAGUUACCAUCCGAAGUGGCAGGUCAACUGCUGAAUCCGAAAUGUUUGAAAAGAACAAUACAACGGGUUAAGGACAUUUCUGAAGCCGUUCCUGCAAAUCCACAAACAUUACAUUUUGAAAUUCCUGAUCAAUUCAGAUUAACUUUAGACGGAGACAAUUUUUUGUUGUACGACAGUGGUGAUAGUGACAUAUAUGAAGACUGGAUUAUAUUAUUUUCGACUGAGAGAAAUUUAAAUUUAUUAAAAGAUUCAGAACAUUGGUUUUCAGAUGGAACAUUUUCAUCAUGUCCGAAUUUAUUUUACCAAUUUUAUACCAUUCAUUCAGUAUUGCAUAGUGAUAUUAUACCUUUAGUAUACGUUUUAUUGCCGGACAAAAAAGAAAUAACAUAAUAUAUAAAAUUAUUUCAAGCAUUAAAAUCAUUGAACUAUUGAAGCCUGAUUUAUGUUCAUAAUCACGGAUGUUUCUUUCGCUUAAGUCAAGCGGUUUGGAGACAAAUACAACACAAUGGUCUUGCAAAACAAUAUAGUGACGAUGUACAAUUUUUUUUAGAAGUUCAAAAAUUGGUAUUGUCCGAGUUGCGGUUGCAAUAGACGAAUUGCGGUCUUAAUAAUAUUGAAGGUAAAAUUAACCUUUUAAUUGCGGUCAGUAUCCGGUUAACGAUUAAUGGUUACACUACGUUUUUGGAUUGACUUUUCUCCCUCCAGAUGAAGUGGGAAAUGUGUUUUUAGAUUUAAUCGCCGAACAACCUAUAGAUUCAAGAGUUACUGAAUUUAGUGACUAUUUAGUCGAUAAUUAUAUUGGCAAUGAUGCUACUUUUCCAACCACACUCUGGGCAGCUUUGAACAAUGAUGUUUGGAGAACGAAUAAUGGAAGUGAAGCGUUCAAUUCUAAGUUCAAAACUGAGAACCGAUCGCCACAUCCCAACAUAUUUGAAUUUUUGAAAUAUGUCAAAAAUAUUCAGAUUGAUACAUAUU